ACCCUUGAUCCAAAUGGUUGUGUUAGUACUAGUACAUUGUACUCUGUUCCUUUUUUAAUAUCCUAUCUCGGUUCGAGCACUCUCUUCCUCAACACUAUGGCCAACUUUUUACCCCCAAACGCCAUACCAGAUGAUACUGCUGUAUCAGACCUUCCUCGUGGUCAAGUCGAUUACCUCUCUCAUGAAUGGCGUGAAGAGGACGUAUGGCGUUCAUGGCGCAGUAUGACUCGUCUAAAGAACGAAAUCGCAAACGGUGUCAGACUAGAGAACGCUUCUUGGAGAACUUGGUGGAAACAACGCAAUAACCUCAGUACAGUUAGCCCAGAGACCCUUAAUUGGUUAAAAGACUCUGAUGUUACUUGGUUAUACGGUCCUCUCCAUACUGCAGAUUACCCCACACCAACACCAAAACCUUCUCCAAACACAGCCGCAGCUCUCGAUCUCCCUAUCAUCCCUGGCUCACCACCAACAACAAAGCCAAUCCUCAAACACCGUUCAAUCAUGGAACUACUAACAUCAGACCUCCCUUCUUCACCCAUAUUUAGUCCACCAGAUUCAGAUGAAGAGCAAAUAUUUUCAGAUAACGUCCAUACAACCAUAAUAAAGCGACCUCCUCUCAUACACACAAAGAGUGAUACGCAUAUCACACACAACCGUAUAUUCCGGCGGGAUUCUCCCCCGCGGAUCAUCGCUUCUGGCACCCCAAUCACCACUGAACUCCCCCCAUCUUCUAGGCAAACCUCCUCAUCAGAUCCUCUGAUCGUGCCUGGCCAGAAACGGAAACAUAUCAGUUUCAACACUUUCGUAGAACAGUGCAUCGCGAUCGAGAAGCCAAAGAAGAAACGCACAAUGUGGAACCUCCAAUAUCAAAAUUCCAACACUGUGGGUUCGAGCGAUUAUAGCUUUGAAGAUGAUGGCUAUGACGAAGACUCCGAAGAUGGCAUCAUCGACGAAACAGAUGAGCUUCUUUUUGGGGAUGAAGACGACCGUACACAAACCCCUUCACAUAUUCAACAAUCUUAUCCUCGGACGACUCCUUCACAUCCUCGGUCUUCCCCACCGCCACAGAAUCCUUCCCCUGUCUCAUCUUCCACCUCGGAUGAAGAAGACGAAGAUGAAGUCCUCGAGAUGCGCGUCAGGCAUGCAAACGCUGCCACACUCCCUCCCCGAUCAUCUUCUCAUUCAUCUUCCUCCACCUCCUCUUCUUCUUCCCGAUCCCGUCCACCCAAAGCUCGCUCUGCAUCCUAUUCAGAUCGCACGAAUGGUUCCGCAUCUCGCAAUAGAAGACCAAGUGCAAAUGGCCUCAUGCGCACAGCCAGUUCAGACAAGGAACUCAUCACCAUCGCCCUCAUCGCACCCACCACCUUGAAGACCCGAGCUGAAGAGGACGAGCCUUACGCCAGUUCUCACGGUUACCCUCAUCCCCUAUCAGGUGGCGAGUGGUAUGCCUACGGUGCGCAGGACUCGCCCGUAGAACUUGUCUAUGUUCCCCCGAGCUACGCUUGCGCAGACGCAGAUGGGGUAGCUGAUGAAAUAAUGGCGGAGCCUUAUCAUAAUCGCUUGAAGCCUGGGCAGUUCUUUGACGGUCCGCUUGUCGCUUCUCCCAGUCCGGACGAUGUGCCGAUGAAGGAGGAUGACGCUUGCGCGUAUUUUGAGGAGCAUGAACGUGUUGAGAACGUGCUACCCUAUACAGGGAACGUCCCUGUUACGCAGAACCUGGGACGGCCUGAAGUAGUCGUGACUGAGGAUACCCCUACAGACCGUCAAUCGCGAUCCAAAUCAAGAUCGCGGUCUAGAUCAAAGUCUCAUUCUAGGUCUCGUACCCCGUCGCCUUCAUUGGCGAGCAUACAGGUACAGAUGCCUCCUCCAAGCACAGCAGUCCCCGUAUCCCGGUCCAGCUCGCAAACCCCAUCCACAUCUGGACAAGCUUUGCUCUCGCCCCCAGACGCACCUCGUGGUAGGAACGCAUCUUCAUCAAGUUUACAAGGCGAACAGAAGACGCGAGGACGGAGUAUCACACGCACGUCUUCAUUUUCAGAUCGGGAUAGUAUCAGUGAAGGUGCGGAGAGCCCUUUGGGGAGUUUGAGUCCUGAUGGAGGGUUUGGACUGGCGAUUGGGAUUGGGGGUGGUUAUACAGGUGGAAGGGAGCGUGGUGAUCGGUCGAGGUUGGGGCUUAUGGAAAGGGAGAGGGAACGGGGAAGGGGCGUUGGGCGACGAAUUGAUUCGAAUUCGGGGUCUGCUUCGAGUUUAAGCCCGGAGGGCCAAAGUCAAAGGCCUGUUGUGGUUGUGCCUGCCGUGGUUUCAGCACCACCAGAAGUAGGACCCGCACUCGCACCCCCACCGAAGAAAAAGUUCACGUCUGCGAGCAGUUCGUCUAGUGAUUCCUCGACGGUUUCGGUGUCGACAAUGCGUCCGUCGCCUAGGCUUGUGGUGAAUAUGGGACCUGCUCCUGCUCCUGCUCCUGCCCCUUCCUCCGCCUCUACUCCUACGCCUACCUCCGUCCCUACCUCUACUCCUACGCCUACCCCCGCCUCCGUACCCGUAACAUCCUCGUCAACGACCAUACCCACUCCCACCCAAGCACAAUCAAUCAAAGAAGAACAAGAAUGCAUCUCACGACAACCUACGCCUGCCAACUCACCUGUGCUUGCUAUGCGCCCCGCUCUUCCUUCUCUGAAAGCGUAUUCGUAUGCUGCUGCCUAUAACUCGCACCCUACUGCUUAUAACUCGAACUCCACUGCGUACAGCAACAACUCGAAUCCCACUGCGUACGACCCACGACACGAGCACAACCCAAGGCAUGAACGGAAAGCUUCGACUGGUACGUCUACGUCAAGAAGUCCUACAAGGGGCGAGCAGGGUGGGACGCUUGUUGGACGUGCUGUUGAGAUCAUGUCGAAUGCGGGGGCUUUUUUGAAUGCGUUUUGGCAUAGUGGAGCGCAGGCGCAGGUACAGAUUCUGGAUUCUGGACCCGGUCAACGCGAGCAGAACUCCACUUCAACCAUGGCAAUGACAAACCCCCUCUCCACCCAAGUUUGACGCCUAAUCACACUUACCCUUACUUAUAACCGCUAUUUUGGGACUAUUUUCGCUUGGGUCCUUGUGCAUCGCCUCGCCUCCCGUCUCCUGGUUUCCCGGUUUACUGGUUCUCCGGGUUUCAGGUCCCGCGUCUUGCGAGUUCUGUCCUGUUCUUCGGUACAUAUUAUAUAUCACCCCUUGGACUUAGACCAACACCAUAUCACGCGCUCCAUUUCUUUUUCUUUUCAUCUUUUUUUUUGGCAAUCGCAUAUAGUACCCCCCCUC